UGGUGUCUCCCUGUCUGUCUGUGGCCGUGCCGGUGGCCGUGUCGGUGGCCGGUCCCUCCCCCGCCCCCCUCCCCGCCGCCAUGCCGCUCUUCGCCUCCAACCCCUUCGAUCAGGAUGUGGAGAAGGCAACCAGUGAGAUGAAUACUGCAGAAGAUUGGGGUCUCAUCUUAGAUAUCUGUGACAAAGUUGGCCAGUCUCGCACUGGACCCAAGGACUGUCUCCGAUCUAUCAUGAAGCGAGUUAACCACAAGGAUCCUCAUGUGGCUAUGCAAGCCCUGACACUUCUAGGAGCCUGUGUUUCCAACUGUGGGAAGAUCUUUCAUUUAGAAGUCUGUUCGAGAGAUUUCGCCAGUGAAGUAAGCAACGUAUUGAAUAAGGGUCAUCCAAAAGUGUGCGAGAAACUAAAGGCACUCAUGGUGGAGUGGACAGAUGAAUUCAAAAACGAUCCGCAACUCAGCCUAAUAUCCGCUAUGAUUAAAAACCUUAAGGAGCAAGGUGUCACAUUUCCUGCUAUCGGUUCACAGGCGGCAGAGCAGGCCAAAGCAAGCCCAGCUCUCGUGGCCAAGGACCCUGGAACAGUGGCCACCAAAAAGGAAGAGGAAGAUCUCGCCAAAGCUAUUGAACUGUCUCUGAAAGAACAAAGGCAACAGUCCACCCCCGUUUCCAGUCUGUACCCAAGCACUUCAAGCCUCUUAACUAAUCACCACCCUGAAGGUCGGAAAGUUCGGGCCAUCUAUGAUUUUGAAGCCGCUGAGGAUAACGAGCUGACGUUUAAAGCUGGAGAAAUCAUCACAGUCCUUGAUGACAGUGAUCCUAAUUGGUGGAAAGGCGAAACUCUUCAAGGCAUGGGAUUGUUUCCCUCUAAUUUUGUAACAGCAGACCUGAGUGCUGAGCCAGAAAUGAUGAAGACAGAGAAGAAAACGGUACAAUUCAGCGAUGACGUUCAGGUUGAAACGAUCGAACCUGAACCAGAGCCAGCAUAUAUUGAUGAGGACAAAAUGGACCAACUGCUCCAAAUGCUGCAAAGCACAGAUCCAGGCGAUGAUCAGCCAGAUAUACCCGACUUGAUCCACCUUGAAGCAAUCUGUCACCAGAUGGGACCUCUGAUUGAUGAAAAGCUGGAAGAUAUCGAUAGGAAGCAUUCAGAACUCUCCGAACUCAAUGUUAAAGUGAUGGAGGCUCUCUCUCUGUACACGAAGUUAAUGAAUGAAGACCCGAUGUAUUCUAUGUAUGCAAAACUGCAGAGCCAAGGGUAUUAUAUGCAAUCGCCCGGUGUUUCUGGGUCUCAGGUCUAUCCUGGCCAGGCCCCAAGUGGCGUCUAUCUGGUGACGGGCAGUGCCCAGAUGGGAUCCGUCCAAAGCUACAGCGUGACCCCUGACCAACUGUCUUCUCUGAGCCACGCAGCAGCCCCGUCCCCCGCCAGCUCAGCCCUGCCCGCUCAACAGGCCCAGGCCUCCUACACCAACCCAGGGAUCGGUUCCGUUCCAGGAAACACGUACCCCAACCAGGCAACCGUCUACAGCCCCCCGGCCGACGUUACCGCGUAUCAGAACGCCGGGUCUACCAUGUCUCAAGGGCCCAACUACAGCCUCGCCUCCUCCACCCCGUCUCAGCCGGCAAGUAGCCAAGCCCCACCUCAGCCACCACAGACUUAUUCCCAGAAGGCGCUCCUAUAGGACCCCGGACUAGCGCGUCACUCUCCCGGCCGACCUCUGCUUAAACGCAGCCGAAAACUUCCCACGUUUCUCCCUUUAACAUCCUUAAGGUUUGUUUAUCAUCAGCUUACUAGGCAUCUCUCUUGGUGAACCAAUUCAGUGAUUCAAGAAGGUUCCCUCUGCACUGACCUUUUAGGGGGUUUUCAUUGAUUUUUAUUUUUCUUCUGGCCGCAGAGAAGUGAAAAUAACUAGGACCUUCGAUUCCUUUCAGACCGCCUGAAAAAAUGGUACAAAGUUAUUUAUGUCUGGUGAAAUUGGGUAGUCUGUGCAAACCACGAACUCGUUGAACUGUCGUUUCAUCCACGUCUGUACAUAUAUUGCCGUUCUGACUUCAUUUGUGGCCAUUUUGAAUUGCCGUGGUGAUCAUGUGAAUAUAUUUAACAAUGUUAAAUUAAUUUACACUACUGUUUUAUUUUAAACCCAGACCAGCUCGCACGUUUCAUGGUUUUAGGACGAACAAGGAUCCUCUUACAGCGCAGAAAUGCCAGGCUGGCCCAUUUUAUCCUCACGGGCUCCGUUGUCCAACUGGACGUUGGACGUUAUCGGUUGUGAAUGUCACGGCUUCCUUCAGCCUCUAGUUUCUGUCGGUUUGAAUUAGAUCAAGCGUUCUAGAUUACACUUGCUGAGGUCACAGCAGAUUACAAUUUAUCUCUGAAGCGGCAGUUACGCUUCGACCGAGUACGACUGGAAUAUUUAACCGAGGGUAGGACCACGAGAGAAAUUAGGAUUUUAUGCAGUAACGCAGGGCUGAGGAAAACCUGGGUUGUAGUAAUUUUACCUUUAUCAUCAGAUCCCUGGAGACGUUAUAUGACGGUUUCUUGUGACAUCACGUCGUGUCCCAUCCCAGCACUCCGUCAGUUCCCAAAAUCCGUCGCCGCGUUCUGUCCAAAAUCCGGCUCCGAGACGCCCGUUCUCGGAAAAUGGACUGUAACCUUACAUCUUUGUGUCCAGAGCGUUUGUUGAUUUAUUUUUUCACAGCGACUGUUGAGGAUUUGAAUUGUGUUCAGUGAUGGGGUUGACACCAAAGAUGGGGUGAUGAGUGGAAUGUUGAAACUGGAAAAACAUGAUUUACACUACAUUAUCAAAGUCUCUUGUAAUUAUUUAGGAUAUAAAGGACUGUGGAGGGAAUCCGACUUGCCUGUCGCGAUCCCUUGCGGGAUUUACAAUCCAUGUCUCUAGCGGCGAAGUCAUCCAUCCUUCGUCAGAACGGAGAUAAGUAGGAGUUUCAGAGUAGGACUUCAACUGAAUUCCUUAACUCCUUUUCCUAGUCGUCCCUAUUUUUUUCAUCGUUCCGUUAAGCCCCGUCACCCAGUGUCUAAUUGUCGUGAGUAAUUUUCUUCGAUAAACUUGAGAAAUUGCCUGA